AGAGCCGCUGGCGCACUCGCGCGCUGCGCUGGCCUCCUCCCCGCGCCCGGGCCCAGGCGCGCGCGCGCUUGUUCGCUCUCCCAUUUUUUUUUUCCCCUCCCUCCCUGCCUCUCUCUCUCUCUCCCUCUCCCUCGAGCUCCCGGCUGGCUGCGGCUCCCUGGCGCUCUCCCUCUCUCUCCGGUAGGCUCACCGAGCGAUGCGAGCUCUGGGAGACAGCGACGCCGCCUCCCGCUAGAGACCUGCCCCUCGGCCCGGCCCCCUGCCCAACCCUGCCCAGCGCGCGGGGGUCGGCGAAGGCGCCGCGGACGCACCGACGGCUGAAGAGCGGCGAUGCACAUGCACUAGCAGCACCCCCUAACUCACUCCCUCCACAUCCCGCGCCGCCGCCGCCGCCUCCUCCACCUCCUCCUCCGCCGCCGCCGCCUCCUCCUCCUCCGGCAGCCGCGGCAGCAGGACCCACCCUGCCCCCCACCCCACCCUCUGUCGGCUCCGGCUGCGGCUCCAGCCUCGACUAUUAUUUUAUUUAUUUUGGGUCGUGCACAAGCCUCAGUGCCUGCAGUCCGCGCCUCCUCGGCCCGCGGGCGCCUCCUCCCUUGGCUCCGGAGCCCCAGACCCCGGCCACCCUCGAUUCGACAACCCCAGACCCCUGCCAGCUGCCGCGAGUCUCCGCUGCUGGAAUCUUGUUAGCGGCUGUCUUUUUGGAGGGUUCUGGUUUCCCGACAUUUUUGUUUCCAGCCCAGGAGAGGAUAUCGUGAUUUUCCCCCCUUGAGCCCAGGCUCUGCUCUCUGGGGGGGUGGGGGGCGCUCCAAGCCGGGGAGCCGUGCCAGCCGAGUCGUGCGGGCUGUGGCAGGGAAGGGGCCACCAUGGGAUGUACUCUGAGCGCAGAGGAGAGAGCCGCCCUCGAGCGGAGCAAGGCGAUUGAGAAAAACCUCAAAGAGGAUGGCAUCAGCGCCGCCAAAGACGUGAAAUUACUCCUGCUCGGGGCUGGAGAAUCAGGAAAAAGCACCAUUGUGAAGCAGAUGAACCCCUCGGGGAGUUUAAAUAAGGUGCUGCGGCACUUGAGUUCUGCAAAAGACACCUAUUCGCUGACCAGACAAAGAUGCUUAGCCACAACUCACAACUCUCAGGGUGCAGUUCGAAGAGGAGGAAGCAGCAUGGUAUAUAAAGCUCAUGCUCCCUUGAAGGCUGGUGAUUGAGACAAGUUAUGUCUUCUAGCAUUUGACUCCCUCAAAGAGAUUGCAGGACUUCCCUCUGAUUGCAGGUGGCUCAAUCCACUCAGAUCACCUAGAAACUUGAUAGAGAUUUAGAAUCUUAAAGAAGACAGAAGCUUAGACAGAGCAUGUAGCCCAGACCAUCAACAGAUGAAGAAGUUGAAUCCUGCAGGGACUACAAGGAGGAUCAUCCAUGAAGAUGGCUUCUCCGGAGAAGACGUGAAACAGUACAAGCCUGUUGUCUACAGCAACACCAUCCAGUCCCUGGCAGCCAUCGUCCGGGCCAUGGACACUUUGGGCAUCGAAUAUGGUGAUAAGGAGAGAAAGGCUGACGCCAAGAUGGUGUGUGAUGUGGUGAGUCGGAUGGAAGACACCGAGCCCUUCUCUGCAGAGCUGCUUUCUGCCAUGAUGCGGCUCUGGGGCGACUCAGGAAUCCAAGAGUGCUUCAACCGGUCCCGGGAGUAUCAGCUCAACGACUCUGCCAAAUACUACCUGGACAGCCUGGAUCGGAUUGGGGCCGCCGACUACCAGCCCACCGAGCAGGACAUCCUCCGAACCAGGGUCAAAACCACUGGCAUCGUAGAAACCCACUUCACAUUCAAGAACCUCCACUUCAGGCUGUUUGACGUCGGAGGCCAGCGAUCUGAACGCAAGAAGUGGAUCCAUUGCUUCGAGGACGUCACGGCCAUCAUUUUCUGUGUCGCGCUCAGCGGCUAUGACCAGGUGCUCCACGAAGACGAAACCACGAACCGCAUGCACGAAUCCCUGAAGCUUUUUGACAGCAUCUGCAACAACAAAUGGUUCACAGACACGUCCAUCAUCCUGUUUCUUAACAAGAAGGACAUAUUUGAAGAGAAGAUCAAGAAGUCCCCGCUCACCAUCUGCUUUCCUGAAUAUACAGGCCCCAGCGCCUUCACAGAAGCCGUGGCUUACAUCCAGGCCCAGUACGAGAGCAAGAACAAGUCAGCCCACAAGGAGAUCUACACCCACGUCACCUGCGCCACGGACACCAACAACAUCCAGUUUGUCUUUGAUGCUGUGACGGACGUCAUCAUCGCCAAAAACCUGCGGGGCUGUGGACUCUACUGAGCCCAGCCACCCUGCCCGGCACCCUUGCCCUGCCUGGCCUGCCGCCCCCCCUCCCCUGGAACCAGGCUCCACCACUCUCAGACCACUCUUUGCACUUGAGGAAGAAGACCUCAGAGGCUGGCACCAAGGGAGGGAGGAGGGAGCAUCCUCCACCCGCACCCCCCAACAGAACUCGUGGUAACGCAGGGGCGGGGCGGGGCUGCUGAGUGCAUGCUGCAAGGCCAGGAGACUCCACGCUCACAGCCUCUGUGUCAUCUCUGAGUGCUUGAUCGGGAAGCUGGGGGGACAGGGCAGGGCCCAGAUGGGCACACCCUGCACCUGAUGACUCACUGGAAGCCUCGGAGUGUCCUCCUGUCAUCUUGGGUGGUGCAGGGGCGCAGAUGGCCCUGCAGCAGGGUGCUGGCAGGGUGGGGUCAUAGGAGCCAUCCUUCAGCUUUGCCUGAGGUCUCUGGUGGAGGGCAGUUCCGUCAACAAAAGCCAGGGUGGGAUCAGGCCAACUGGGUAUGGGUUGGAGGACUCAGGCCCUGGCGAUGGCCUCCGUCUCCCUGCUCCCUCCCCUGGGUCUCAGCCCUUCCUUCUCUGGGUCAUCCUCCCUUGCCUUUGCUCUCCCAGAGAACUCCCAUCCCUGACUCCUCCGAGUUCUGGAAAUGCUUCUUGAGACUGAUUUAUGGCUCAGAUAGAUGGUGGCGUGGAGCGGGGGGAGGGAGAGAUGGGAGGUGCGGGGAAGGGAGGUGGAAGCUCCUGUGUCGCCUGGGCUGGGGCCUCCCGCCCAGUCCUUGCAGGCCAAAGGUUGCAGGCCAAAGGGUGACCCAUUUCCUUUUUCCAGUCACCAGGAGCUCGGAUGGUCACUCUGAGGUGUGAAUAGAUAAUGUUUUUCCUUCAGUCCACACUGAAUUCAACUCAAACCAGCAAAGGCCUUUGGGCUGGGGAUUCUGUAGUUGCAGAGGUCUAGAGGGGGUGGACUUUUGCAGCCAGUGCCCCCGCCUCACUGUCUUGGUGAAGAAAUCAGGGAGUUUGUUCACAGCCGUUGGUGUCUUCCCAGCCCCUGGGGACAGAGGACAGCAGGGGGAUGGAGCUGACACCCUGGAGUAUUUGGACCCAGGCCAGCACAAACACACCCCCCUGUCCCCCACUCUAAAGGGAGAGUCCUAGGACUCCUUAGAGGAGGCUUCACUGCGGAGAUCCCUGAGCAGAAGGGGGCGGGGUAGCUUCUCCCGGUGACGCAGGUCUGGCUGGCCUUGGGCAACCAACACACCUCUCCCACUCCAAGAUGCCUCCAGGUGGCUGAGGCCAACGCCCACACCCAGGCCAGUCGUGUGCUUGUACAGCAGGCUGUGCCUGGGGACCUAGAUGUGCCAUGGGAGGGAGGAGGGUACCCACUGACAGGCCUCUGCCUCCCUCCUCAAGCCCUCUGUUCUCCCUGCCCCCACUCUGGACACUGCUUAGUCCCCAGCCAGGCAGGGCCCCUGGGUUUCCACUUGCAGCCCCCGGACUGCCCCAGAGCCGGGAAGCACCAGUGCCAACAGCUCUGGACUUGUUGGACCCACAGGCACAGAGCUCUGAGUGGUGCCCAGGAGACCCAGGAACCUUCCCUAGUGCCAAAUGCCUGCAGGGACUGGUGCCUGGGGAGCCUCUGGCAGCCGGACUGCAGGAGCCACCCCAUCAGCCCAAGUCCACCUCUGUUUUGUUCACCUCGGUCAUGUUUUGGACCUUGCACCAGGUGCCGGGACGUGGCAGAGGACAGGCCCUGGGAACCAACAGUGUCCUACCAUGGACAGCCAGGGCCAGCUAAGCUAAGCUAUCCCGCCCAACACAGAAGACAUGGCAGUUAUUUCUCAGCAGCACCACGCUGGGUGAGGCCAGUUGUUCCCCUAACUCUGCUCCGAACUGUAACCCCAGGCUCAGAAGCAGCCGGCAAAAGGGGGAUGCUGGCCACGCUCCACCUCUAAGGCCAUCACCCUGGAGAUGGAAGUCACUGGGCUGGAGGGCUCUCCAUGUCCCCCAGCAGCCGCCCUCAGAACACAGUGGCCAGAGCACCAGGCUGGGUCCAGGCCUCCAAUCCAGGCCUUCCCUGUCCCUAGAAUUGGGGCUGGAGGAGUGGGUGCUCAGCCCUUCCUGCCCUCCAUCCCCAGCCUGCCUUUCUCUUCCUUUGGAUGCUCCAUCCUCCUUGGUUUCUUGCACUGCUCUCAAUCCUCCCACCCUAGCCUGGGGGUGGUCCUUGGUCCUCAGGGGCAUCCGGGGAGAAAUUCUCUCCCUGUGCAUGACGCCUGUCAUCCAUGUCGUAACCAGCGGCUCCAUCUUGUGGGGUGGUGACUGAGGGUGACAAAUGAGAUUUGGCUCCGUCGUGGAUGUGGAUGUGGGAGGAAUGUUGUGAGUGACACGUGUGGGUUUCUAAUCCACAGUGGUCCUGCGUGUGCCCUGAGGGGCCGUGGUAACCUCUCCGAUGGCUCGGAUUUAGCAGGCCAAGCAGAAACUGAUUUCUACAAAGAGCGUCUUUGCCAAACUCAUGAAAAUUGUGCCUGCCACUUUCAUGCCUAUGGGCCAGUUUUGUGACCUGCGCCGCUGACCAUCCUAAGAACCAGGUCUUGGCCUUCCCUCUGAGCACUGAUAGAGGUCCCCAAGGCUCUCUGGCCUGAGGAGGGUGUGGGGUCUGCCCAGCCCCAAGCAGAGAGCACAGUCUGGGCCCCUGACCAACAGCUUUGGCAUUCUGGGUUCCAUGGGGACCCUAGAGCUCAGGCAGAAGAACAACACCAUACCUGCUGCCAGGACGCAGCUGUCUCCCAGGCCCUCCCCACAGCCCAGCUCCCACUGGCAGGAACUGGACACAUCCCUGCCCUCCAUGGUCUGCACUGGUCUUCUCUGAGUACUCUUAGGAGCAGAGGCAGCCCCAAGUUCCAACUUGCAAGCCCUGUAACUAAGCUGUCUAUAAACCCCAGCAGGGAAGGCCAAGGGAUGGUCUCACCCAUGCCCUUCCCUUUGGCCAACAUGAGUCCUGCAGUGGGGAGCUUAGCCCCUGCUCCCACCUAACACUCUACAGUUAGCACCCAGGGGUUGAUUCAGGAAGUUCUUCCUUUUUCUAGCCUGCAUCCUUCCUGGCCACCCCCUUUAUUUCUCAGUCUGACCUGGUGCACUCUGGGCAAGUGAGUCCACUGCAGUCCAAGGUGGAUAUUUAAUGAGCACUCGGACUGUUUCCUCCAAGUCAGCUAGUGGCCUGCCCUCCUCCUUUUCAAGAAGUCUGGGGCACAGAGCCUCCUCUGGCUGCCUCUUCUCUUCUCUGAGCCUCUGGGAGCCUUCAGGCAAAACCUGGCAGUUCUCAGGAACCCAGACCUGAGGCUCCAGCUCCGCGGCCACCAGAGAUUCAGUGUGCAGUGCCGAAGGCAGUCACCCCCAGGCAGUUCCUGCUGUCAGGCCGCAAGCCUAGAGUGCGGGAUCCCAGCAGCCCAGGGAACAGGGCCGGGGUGUGAGCUGCUGCCGUGGGGUCUGUGGUAGGGCUCCCCAUCUCCCACCCCUCAGCAAGAAGAGUCCUGACCCCUGACCCCACCCUGCCCAGAGAGGAGCUGGGGCCUCCAGACAGACCCCACUGCAGCCAGAUGAAGGCCCCUGUCAAAGAAGGGGCAGGCUGGGGGAAAAGCAGAAAGAAUGGCCCCCAGUCCAAACUCCUGGAUCCCCUCCAUGAGAGAGGGGCUCCCCCUGGAACAGAAGCUCUCAUCCCCAGGCCCAGUGCACAAGACCACCAGCAGAGACCCACCGCCCUUCCUGGCAGAGCACCACUUCCUGGCAGUGCAGCUCCGAGGCACCACUACUCUCCUCCCCUUCCCUCCCCACCCCUCCCCUCCCUUUCCCUCCGCUCCCCUCCCCUCCACACCUGCCCUGUUACUCCCACAGCUCUGGGCAGCCAGGCCCUCCCCUCCUGCCUCCUGGUCUUCUCUACUCCGCUGGUUCUGACCCAUCCCCUGGCUCUGCCCGCCGUCCCCCACCCUGCCCCUGCUGAGUAUCUUCUUCCUCCCCACGCACCCCCCUCCCCCAUCUAGGCGAGGUGGGCUCGGGCGUCCCAGGCCCUCCUUAGAAAAGCCGUCUCUCUCAAGUGCAGUGGUCCCACCUCCCAACCCCAUCACUGCUGCCCACCCCAUAUUAACUGUAAUUUUGUAAGAAGAGUGACUUGUUGGUUUAAUAAACCUCUAGUUAUUGUAAUAAUU